AUGGAACCAGUGGCAAAGAAGAUCUUUAAAGGAGUUUUAGUAGCUGAACUCUUGGGCGUUUUUGGAGCAUAUUUUUUAUUUAAUAAGAUGAACACAAGCCAAGAUUUCAGGCAAAUGAUGAGCAAGAAAUUUCCCUUCAUCUUGGAAGUUUAUUACAAAUCCAUUGAACAGUCUGGAAUGUACGGAGUAAGAGAGCAAGAUCAAGAAAAAUGGUUGAAUAGCAAAAAUUAG